AGUAUACACACGGCAUCGAACUAUUGCUAUAAAAAGCAUACUUUUGCAUGUUUCCUUCUGUCUCGACAUGAAGUGUUUCAUAUUUACCGUUUUAUUGAUCUCUGUGGUUAUCCUUGUAACUGUACAAGGUCAACGUGGCGGUCCUGGUGGUAGAGGGCCUCCGGGAGGUCAAGGAGGUCCUGGUGGUAGAGGUCCUCCAGGAGGCCCUGGUGGUCGAGGAGGACCUGGGGGUCCAGGAGGCCAUGGUGGUCCGGGAGGCCAUGGUGGUCCGGGGGGCCAUGGUGGUCCAGGGAAAAUGUCAAUGAUCAUGCUACCCAUGUUUCCAGAGUGUGCACCUUAUGGUAAAUUAAUGUACGAUAUGUUUAAAGAAAUGCGGAAUAAUAACGAAAUUGGACCAGAACAAUGUCAGUCAGGAAAUCAUACAAUAUGCAUGUCUGAAGAUGUGGAAAAGGUUCGCUGUGCAGUAACUGAGCCAAUGCCACAAGAAUGUGUGGAUAAGAUUAUGAAGUUCGUAGAAGGAAAUUCAUGUAACGGAGCCGAAGUUUGAAGAGAUCGAGAUUUAAAUUAAAAAUAUAACUGUUGCCACCUUUUAUGAUGAAACAUGAAAUGUCGCUGAAAUAAAUAUAUUCAAUUAUGAA